GUCGAGCUGACGCACGCUUUUUACUAACACCAUAGGCCUUGACAGUGAUGUGAUUUUUUUAUCUCAUUGAAAAAAACAAAAAAAAACAUUAAUAUUUGUCAGAAGUAAAAUUGUACUUUUGUAAAUCAAAACCUGUUUCCCCUACAAAUUAGGCGUUGAACGCUUUUUGGUAUAGUCACCCUGCCUGUGACGACCUCCCUGAGGACAGUGUACUGAGCGUGAACGUGUGUGUUGUGUUGUCCGCAGGCUGGUGGUGCGGUACGUGAUGCCGGCGGCGCACCUCACGCUCCGCGAGGAGGACGUGGUGCGUCUCACGCUCGAGUUCCUGCAGAACCGGUCGCUGCACAUCUCCCAGCUGAGCGUGGAGCGUGAGACGGGCGUCAUCAAUGGCGAGUACUCGGACGACGUGGUGUUCCUGCGGCAGCUCGUGCUCGACGGCCAGUGGGACGAUGUCCUCGAGUUCAUCCAGCCCCUGGAGGCCCUCCCCUCCUUCGACAUGCGAAGGUUCAAGUACGCCGUGCUGCGACACAAGUACGUGGAGCUGCUGUGCAUCAAGAACGAGGCCGGGCUGCACGGCGCCAUGGGGGCGGCCUGCGGCAUGGACUCUGCCGUCGACGAGGUGGUCAAGGUGAUGAAGGAGCUGGAGAAGUACGCCCCCAGCAAGGAGGAGUACUCCCAGCUGUGCCUGCUGCUGACGCUGCCCCGGCUCACGGACCACCUGGCUUACCGCGACUGGAACCCCAGCAACGCGCGCGUGCAGUGCUUCCAGGAAGUCUUCCCUCUAGUAGAAAAAUUUCUCCCCGGCGAGAAGAAGCCGCCCGAUGUGAACUCGCCGAGCAAGUGCGCGCGCCACGACCGGCUCGUGCAGCUGCUCAUCAAGGGCGUGCUCUACGAGUCGUGCGUCGCCUACUGCCAGGGCAAGGCCACUGGCUCCCCGGAGGAGAGGUCUCAGGUCAGUCCCAAAUCAUAUCCAACAAUUGCUUUGAUAUUGUACUGAAAACUCUCAUGAAAAAU